AUGCCUCCAGCAUGGGUGCAUAACCUUUUGGUUGGCUCACUUCCAGACCACUGCGAUCCCUCUUCUCCGCUCCUGGCCGCCCUCUCCGCCCAAAUCCAUACAUGCAUUCCCACUUGGCUCUCCCUAAUCUCUUCUACCUUAGGAACACUGAGCAUCGUUUCCUGGCUGUUUGCGCAACUGCCUCAGAUUUUCAAAAACUAUCAGUUGCAGUCAGCCUCGGGACUCUCCGUGUUCUUCCUUGUUGAAUGGUGUCUGGGCGAUACCACAAACUUGGUGGGGGCCAUCUUAUUGCGUCAGGCUGGUUGGCAGAUCACCAUCGCUGCCUACUAUGUAUUUGUCGAUGUCAUUCUAGUAUUUCAGUAUUACUGGUAUGCUUGUUUUGAGAAAUGGCGACUACGGAAAUGCGGGUAUGCGGAAACUAGCAAUCUGGGAUUCAGCGAUGGGUAUAUGUAUAAUGGCAUCAUAUCGACAGAAGGCCAUUCCAUUCGAGAUCUAUCUCCCAGGCCGGCAUCGGCGUUAGAACCCAAAAACGCUGCUUCUACAAAAGGCGUGGAUAUUGAUUCUCCUUUUCUCAACUCUCUCUCGCGUUCAGAUGAAAAGCAACGUUCUUCCUUCCGGACUAUUCAACGGACUGGAGGCAGCAGCAGCAUCGUCACCCCUUUUGCUUCUCCCCGAACUAUCUUGUUUAUCUCCAUGCUAUUUGCAGUCCUUGCCAACGCGUUCGCCACAAGCCAGGACGGACAUGACAUGCCCACAUCCAUGCAAUCGCAAGAGGACGCAAGAAAAGUAGCCGGCAGAAUCAUAUCAUGGUCAUCCACAGUUUUAUAUCUCGUCUCCCGCCUCCCCCAACUGUACAAAAAUUACCGCCGCCAGAGCACAUCAGGCCUAUCACCGCUCCUCUUCUUCGCAGCUUUCUGCGGUAACUUCUUUUACUCAACUUCUCUCCUCACCAAUCCUAACGCAUGGUCUGAUCUCCCUCCGUACGGCGGGGGCGGAUGGGCUGGUGAAGACGGCAACGAUAGGCUCGAAUGGAUUGGAUGUGCAGUUCCGUUUUUCCUUGGCGCUGCUGGUGUUCUUGCACUCGAUGGGGCUAUGGGCAUCCAAUUCCUAAUGUACGGAGAGAAGACGGAAGAUGCGGCUUUCGUCUUAGAACCCGCUGAGCGGGGUCGAGCCAAAUGGCGGAGAGUGAGUGGGUGGAUGAGAGGGUGGAUUCCAUCCGUGUCUCCUGAACAGAGAACCUUGUCUGCAGAGACUGAAGGACUGUUGAUAGUUGGACAGGAUAGAUAUGGCGCGGUUUGA